AUGCCAGCCUUAGAGUUAAUCGCAGCAGGACUACUUGGCUCCCAGUUGUUGGAUGCCAAAUACCACAUCAAAGAUGACUUUUUGCUUACCCAGAAGGUCUUGACCAAUCUGAUUCCUUUCUUCUAUCAAUGCUACAAGGGAAGAGCCAGUUACUGGUACUGGUUCGAGAAAGCAGCAGCGAAAUACCCGCAGAACACCGCCGUGUCUUUUCCCAGACCAAAAAAGAACCCUCCGCCAUUGAGCUUCGAUGCCGAAGGUAACAAGAUCUACGACGACCAGUUCACCCUCGAGAACUACACCUACCAGGAAUUGUUCGAUAUGGUGUUGAGGUUCUCACAUAUUUUGAAGUACGAGUAUGGAAUCACCUCGAAGGACACCAUUGCCGUUAGUUGCAUGAACAAGCCGUUAUUCAUUAUCAUCUGGUUGUCGUUGUGGAAUAUUGGUGCUCUUCCCGCCUUUUUGAACUUCAACACCAAGGACAAGCCCUUGGUCCAUUGCUUGAAGAUCUCCAAGGCUUCCCAGGUAUUGAUUGAUCCAGAUUGCGCCGAUCCAGUCCGUGAAACCGAGGACAGAAUCCACCAAGAAUUGCCUGAGGUCAAAUUGAGAUACAUCAAUGAGCCAGAAUUAUUGAAGGUUUUAGCAGACAAGUCCAGACCAAAGCACAGGGCCCCGGACGAAACCAGAAGACCAGACGAUGGCGACCACUCUCCCGCCUGUUUGAUCUACACUUCUGGUACCACGGGAUUACCCAAGUCCGCAAUCAUGUCUUGGAGAAAGGCAUUCAUGGCUUCUAAGUUCUUUGGUUAUAUCAUGAAAAUUGACUCCAGCUCAACGGUUUUAACCGCAAUGCCUUUGUAUCACUCAACUGCUGCAAUGCUUGGGGUUUGUCCGGCCCUUUUGGUCGGGGCAUGUGUUUCCGUUUCCCAAAAAUUCUCAGCAACUUCGUUCUGGACACAGGCCAAAUUAUCCAAUGCCACCCAUGUUCAAUACGUUGGUGAAGUUUGUCGUUACUUGUUGAACUCCAAGCCACACCCAGAUCAACAAAAACAUAACGUCUCCAUCGCAUAUGGUAACGGUUUACGUCCUGAUAUUUGGACGAAUUUCAAGGAAAGAUUCCAUAUCAAGGCAAUUGGAGAAUUCUAUGCUUCUACCGAAUCUCCAAUUGCUACUACAAACUUGCAAUAUGGUGAAUUUGGUGUUGGUGCCUGCCGUAAAUAUGGCUCUUUGAUUAAUUUGCUUUUGUCUUUCACCCAAGUGUUGGUGAAGAUGGACCCUGAGGAUGAAAACGAAAUCUGGAGAAAUCCAGACACAGGGUAUGCUACCAAGGCUGAUCGCAACGAACCCGGUGAAUUAUUGAUGAAGAUCUUGAACGCCAGUGAUCCAGAGAAGACUUUCCAAGGAUAUUACGGUAAUAAGAGUGCUACGUCUUCCAAAAUCGUGACUGAUGUGUUCAAAAAGGGCGACGCCUGGUUCAGAACUGGAGAUUUGUUGAAAAUGGACGAGGACGGUUUAUUGUACUUUGUUGAUAGAUUGGGUGACACUUUCCGUUGGAAGUCCGAGAAUGUGUCGGCAACCGAGGUUGAGAAUGAGUUAAUGGGCUCGAAGUCCAUCAAGCAGUCCGUUGUUGUUGGUGUCAAGGUUCCAAAUCAUGAAGGUAGAGCUGGUUUCGCCGUAAUUGAACCUAUUGAUGACUUUGCCGACAGUUCCAAGCACUCUGAAAUGUUGAACAAGAUCAGUGAGCACGUUCUCAAGUCAUUGCCCAAGUAUGCGGUCCCACAAUUCGUCAAGAUCACCGAACAAAUCGAAGCAUCCCACAAUCACAAGGUUCCCAAGAACCAGUACAAGAACCAGAAGUUGCCCAAGGGAGAGAACGGCCAAGAUACCAUCUACUGGUUACACAACAAUAAGUACGAGGAGUUGACCCAAGACGCUUGGAGCGGCAUCAUGAAUGGGAAAUCCAAGUUAUAG